AUGAAGCCCGGAGGCCCCAGGACGACCCCGGAGUCCGAGUUGGCCGACGUGGCCCUGGCUCCGCCGCCCCCCUGGGCCUGCCCGGCUGACGUGCGGCUCUCCGGCCACCUGCGGAAGCAGAAGUCCCAGUGCCGCCGCUUCUUCGUGCUCCGUGCCCACCCCUCGCGCCUCGAGUGUUACGAGAACGAGAAGGAGUUCCGCGCCGGCCGAGCGCCGCCCAAGUUCAGCGUGAGCCUGGAGGGCGCGUGCACCAUCAACAAGCGUGUGGACGCGCGCCAGCGCCACCUGAUCGUCCUCUACACGCGCGACCGCAGCCUGGGCGUGGCGGCGGCCAGCGACGCGGAGCAGCAGGCUUGGUACAACGCCCUGCUCGAGGCGCGCGCCGCCGCCGCCGGCGGUGAGGCCUGAGCCCUGGGUCCCAGCUCCCACGACGACCCCGGGGCCUGGAUCCUGGCUCCAUUUCAGGACGUCUGGCCCGUGACGCUGCGGCCCAAGGGGCUGGGGCAGGCACGAGGCCUGGGCAGCGGUGGCUACUGCCUGUGCCUGGCAUCCGGGGUCCUGAGCCUACUGCGGACGCCCGGGGGCAGAGGCUCCGGGGCCACCAGGGCAUCUCCGCCGCCGGCCCUGCGCCUGUCCCUGCUCAGCGUGCGCCGCUGCGGCCACGCAGACUCUUUCUUCUUCCUGGAGCUUGGCCGCUCGGCACCCACGGGUCCCGGGGAGCUGUGGCUACAGGCGCCGGACGCCGUGGUGGCCCAAAGCAUUCACGAGACUGUCCUGGCCGCCAUGAAGCGAAUCGGGGACAGUGGUGCCGGUGGCAGGGCUGAGCCACUGCCAAGAAAACCCCCGACAAGCGCCUCCAGACACCCUGUCCCUCAAUCUUAUGAGACGCCAGCCUCCGCGGCCCAAUCGAGCGGCCUGAACCAUCGGGGGUGCCUGAGUGAGAUCCAGCAGACAACCCGCAAAACCCUGGCGAAGCUGGGGGCGCCGCUCUCACACCCCGCGGGGUUGGAGCGGGGCGGAGGCUACAUAACCAUGGGAGCCGAGAGUGACUACGAGCCCAUGGGGGGCGGCCGAGCCAGCGGCUACGUGGUGAUGGCGCCCCUGGGCCUUCCCGCCUCCGCCAAAGCCCCUCCCCGCCAGCCGCUCCAGGAUGGAGGGGUCACUGAAUAUGUGUCCAUGAGCCGCUGUGCACCACGGAGCACGGACCCGGACUCCAAGGCCCUCAUCUCGGCGUCGGAGACAGCUGGGGACCGGCGGGGGCUCAGCGCUGCUUGCAGCCGCUGUCAGAGUUAG